ACUGUCCUGUUUUCUCUCCCAGAAAUGAACUCGACUGUCAGGAUUGUGGAUGGUUAUCAAGAAGCUCUUGCCAAAAACAUUGUGAUUGUUUGUCUUGGUUUUAUCAUUAAUUUCAUCAACGGAAUGUUAGUAGUGACUUUUUUUUCUAAUACAAUGUUUUCAAGAGACUCCAGAUACAUUUUAUACAUUCACCUGGUAAUCAAUGACAUGCUCAUGAUAUGUGUAACAGUGACUUUAUAUGUGUUGUCCUACGCUUCACCACUUGUUAAUGUUUCAACGUGUUGCAUAUUGGUGAUUCUUAGUUCAACCACCUUUAUGAUCACUCCUUUGAAUCUGGCUGGUAUGGCCAUCGAACGGUUUAUUGCGAUCUGUAAACCACUGCAUCACUCUCAGAUUUGCACUCCACAACGAACCUAUAUCUUCAUAUGUUUGCUAUGGGUUUUAGGAGCUAUACAUUGUCUGGCAGAUAUCAUUAUUUUGCUUUUAACCCAGCCCAUAUCUUUCUUCAGAUCAUUUGUACCUUGCUACCCAAUAUAUGUGUUCCCAUCCAAAGCCCACCAGGAACACACCACUGCUUCACAAGUCAUCUAUAUGUCUUUGGUGUGGAUAACUCUCAUUUAUACUUAUUGCAGAGUCCUGUUCACUGCCAGAAAGGCAGUUUCAAAGGGUUCAGCUAAUAAGGCUCAGAGUACUAUACUGUUACAUGGUGUCCAGUUACUUCUUUGUAUGCUUUCCUAUAUCGCCCCAUUUACGUACAUAAUUAUUACUCCCGUUUUUCCUCAACACAGAGCUAAUAUCGGUUUCUGUAUUUAUCUGCUCACAAUUAUUAUGCCUAGAUUACUGAGUCCCUUGAUUUAUGGGGUCCGAGACCAGAAGUUUAUGAAACAAAUGAAGGAAUACUUUACAUGUAGAGUUAUUAUUGUAAAGAUUGUGCCAUCAAAAUUAUGA